GUGUUCAAUUGGUAUUACGAAAUGCCGAGACGUCUGACUUACAAACCACAUUAUACCGUGCCCUACAAAAGUGGAUGGUUCAAUGCUAAAGCCAACUGCUUUCUCCACAGCCAUGAGUCAAACAUUCACCUACGAUUUUGAUACGCCCACCUUUAAGGGCACCACCAAAGUCAAUACAGGCCUCUUUAUCAACGGAAAGUUUGUCGACCCCGCUGAAGGCGGUUCCAUUGAAGUUGUCAACCCAGCGACUGGGAAAACGAUCACAUUCGUUGCUGGUGGUACGAAGAAAGAUGUCGACUUAGCAGUCAAAGCGGCCAAAGAGGCCUACAAGAAAUCGUGGGGUCUCCGAUGUCCCGGCGCUCAACGGGGAAGGCUCCUUUCUAAAUUUGCAGACCUCGUUGAACAGCAUAUCGAUGAAUUGUCUGCCCUGGAGACGUUGAACGUCGGGAAACCAUUCAUGGCUGCUAAACACCAGGAUGCUACUAGUAUGGUCGCAGUUCUGAGGUACUAUGCUGGUUGGGCAGACAAGAUUCAUGGGAAAGUGGUUGAAACCAAUGAAAACAAACUAAGUUACACUCGGCAUGAACCCUACGGCGUUGUGGGACAAAUCAUUCCAUGGAACUUCCCUAUGGUGAUGGCGGCUUGGAAACUUGGCCCAGCACUUGCUACUGGAAAUACUGUCAGUUCUGAAGGUGUGCACAUUUUCCAAACUCUAGAGCGAAUACCGAACUCUUCGAAGCCGUCUGAAUUAACACCAUUGACUGCUCAACGCCUCUGCGACUUCAUCAUCGAGGCAGGAUUCCCACCCGGCGUUGUUAACGUUGUAAAUGGCUACGGCAAUACGGUCGGCCAAGCAAUCAGCGAACACCCAGAUAUCUCCAAGGUCGCUUUCACCGGUAGUACCUUGGUGGGAAGAAAGAUCCAGGAAGCGUCAGCCAAAUCAAAUUUGAAAGCCGUCAGCCUCGAGCUUGGUGGGAAGAGUCCGUGUAUCAUCUUUGAUGAUGCGAACAUUGAGCAAGCAGUGAAAUGGGCGGCUUCGGGCAUUUUCUCUAAUGCGGGCCAAAUAUGCGCGGCUUCGUCUAGAAUCCUUCUUCAAGAGGGGCCUGCAACACGUAACCUGGCUGAUCCCUUUGUUGCCGAGACUCAGCACGGACCUCAAGUCUCGCGGACGCAAUUUGAACGCGUCAUGGGCUAUCUUCACUCAGCCAGGGAGGACGGCGCCCAGUUCCACAUCGGUGGAGAGAAACACGGCAAUGGAGAAGGAUUCUUCAUCCAGCCGACUGUCUUCACAGGUGAUAACACCAUGAAAGCGGUCAAGGAGGAGAUCUUCGGGCCUGUGGCUGCGCUGAUCAAGUUCAAAACUGAAGAAGAGGCGAUCGAGUUGGCUAAUGACACGUCCUACGGUUUAGCUGCGGCUGUCUUCUCAGAAAAUUCAAGCAGGGCGAUCCGAGUGACCCACCAAUUGGAGUCCGGUACUGCCUGGGUCAACUGUUACGGUAUGGCGGAUCCUGGAGUCCCAUUUGGAGGUUAUAAGCAGUCUGGUAUCGGCAGGGAAUGCGGCGAGUAUGCCCUGAACAUGUACACCGAAGUUAAGGCAGUACAUGUUAAUAUUGGAAUGAAGAUCUAG